AUCCUCAGAAGGACAGCCUGACCAGACCCGGAUGAAGCCCACCCCUCUCUCCUUGGGCCAGGGACCCCUGCCAGUCAGGCCACCCGCGAUUGUGUGGGACGCCAGAGCUGUCCCCCCCAGCGGUCCUGCAGCGGGACAGCUCCGAACAGACUGGCCUAGGAGGCUCAAGGCAGCCAUCAAGGGCUUCUGGGUCACCUGCCCUUCCUUCUCCACCAUCUACUUCCUCUUCGUCAUCUUCGUAGUGUCUGUCAUCUUCCACUGCCACCAGUGCCUGGCUCUAGUGCCCUCCCCCUGGGCACACUCAGCGCACGUGGUCCUGGUCCCCACACACCUUGCCCAGGAGGGGCUGUUCACCAUCAAUGCCAUAGGCCGCCUGGGGAACCAGAUGGGCGAGUACACCACGCUGUACGCCCUGGCCAAAAUGAACGGGCGGCCCGCCUUCAUCCCGCCCCGGAUGCACAGCACCCUGGCCCCCAUCUUCAGAAUCACCCUCCCGGUGCUGCACAGCUCCAUGGCUAGCAGGAUCCCCUGGCAGAACUACUACCUGAACGACUGGAUGGAGGAGGAGUACUGCCACAUCCCGGGCAAGUACGUGCGCCUCAUGGGCUACCCCUGCUCCUGGACCUUCUACCACCACCUGCGCCAGGAGAUCCUCCAGGAGUUCACCCUGCACGACCACGUGCAUGAGGAGGCCCAGAUGUUCCUCCGGGCCCUGCAGGCCAAGUGGGCCUGGCAGGUGACUUUCGUGGGGGUCCACGUGCGCCGGGGGGACUAUGUCCGAGUCAUGCCAAAGGUGUGGAAGGGUGUGCUAGCCGACCAGCUACCUGCGGCGGGCCAUGGACUGGUUCCGGGCCCGCUACCACACCCCAGUCUUCGUGGUCACCAGUGAUGACAUGGCCUGGUGCCGGGAGAGCAUCAGUAGCUCCCUUGGGGAUGUGAUGUUUGCAGGCAAUGGCAUUCAAGGCU